AUGCGUUUCAAUCCUACAUUGAGCCUGGCCAUGGUGGCCAGCGCCACAGCCGCCCAAUUGACAACCCAACUAUUCAACUUCACCAGCUCAAUCAACAUCGAAAACAGCCAGCUCCGGCCCAACGGCCAUCUCCUCCUCACAACAUUCUACGAAGCCCAUCUCUACACAAUCAACCCGCUCGCCCGCAAUCCCCAAGCCGAGCUAGUCGCCGCGCUCCCCGGCGCCACAGCUCUAACCGGCAUUGCAGCCGUCGGCCACGACAAGUAUGCCGUCGUAGGCGGAGUCCGGGGCUCAUACCACUACGACAACGAAACCAUCUACACUGUCGACUUUAGCAAGAAUGCCACAAACCCCACCAUCCAGACCGUCGCGCACAUCCCGGACGCCGAUAUGCUAAACGGCAUGGCCUCAAUGCCGUCGCAGCCGCAUAUUCUCCUGAUCGCGGACGCGCGGUUGGGAUCCAUAUUCCGCGUCGACAUCACUACCGGUGUCUCGAAGGUUGUGUUGAAGAACGACGCCCUGGCCGCGCCUGCGAACUCGUCCAUGCCCAUCGGCAUCAAUGGUCUGCAGGUUGUCGGAGGUAAUGUGUACUUCACCAAUAGUGCGCUUAAUAUAUUCGCCCGGGUGGCUGUCAGCGAAGACGGGGGGACUUUCGGUCGUAUUCAGGUCAUUGCGCAGUUGGUGCGCGAGGCCGGCGAUACGGAUUCGGAUUGGGAUGAUUUUGCGAUUGAUGCUAGUGGUAAUGCUUAUGUGGCGCAGCCGUCUAAUGCCAUUGCUAAGAUCACGCCGGAUGGAACGCAGAGUGUCGUUGCUGGUGGGGGUGAUAGCUUGGCUUUUAUUGGCCCUACUUCUGUGCAGAUCGUGCCGGGUGGGAAAUUGGCUUAUGUUACUACUCGUGGAGGUGACCAGGGGGGUGUCUCUUAUGGUGGGCAGGUUGUUGCGCUUCGGCUUCGCGAGUAG